UGGGAUUACUAACUGCAGCUCCUGCGAUUCAUUAACAAAAUAACCUGAGGUGCAGAAGCGAGUGCCUGUCUGGGUCAUGGUCUAUCUCUGUCUGUCUUUCGAUUCCUCCCUGUUUCUUUUACAACCUCCGUCUUGUUUGUAUCUCUCCAUUUUUACCUGCUACCUGCUCUUUUUUUGUUUGUUUGUUUGGGGUUUUUUUCCCCAUCAUUUUCUCUUUCUCUUUCUCUUUUUGCCUCCUCUGUCAUUUUCUCUUUCAUUCUCUCUCUCGGCCUCUGGUACACAGGAGGAUUAGAAUUGCGGUGGGGGCUGGCUGUGUUGGCUGGAGCUGAAAAAACGCUGGUUUCAGCAGGCUGCCAUGCGGCAUGAAUGGACAGAGAGAGAGAGAGAGAGAGAGGGAGAGGCGAGAGGCAGACGGAAAGCUCACAGCUCAGCUUUGUUCGUGGUAAUCAGCAACAGCGAGCCCCAGCGCUGCCUCUCAGAGGUUAACUAAACGAGGCUUUUAUGCUAACACACGCGACACGAGCGGUUCGUCAUGUCCUCUACGCGGACUGGAUCACUGCCGCUCCGUCUGCUUUAGCAUCGAGGAAUCCCUGUCUCUCUCCUCUACGCUAGCAUGUGUAUCGGACAGAGAUGACGACAGGACGGUAGUGGCUUGGGACUCGACAGAAACACAAUCAGCCUGGGAUUGUAACAGAGCAUUUCUUCUGCAUGGAGGAGUAACCUGAAUUUGUGAUAUUAUUAUUAUUUUUUUUUUUUUUUAAUCGGCGUGGAUGUGGACGGGGACAGGGGUGGGGGGGGUCGCGUUUUUUCCGCUGCACCUAUGAGGUCUGAGCGAAUGAGCCGCGUGUGUAUUGUCGUCCUGGAGGAGGUGGAGGACGAGGAGCCCUCCCCUCUGCUUUCCAAAACAGCACAGGACCACGUUUCCCAGCAUUCACCUCCCGAAGCCGACACUCAGGAAGAGAAGCCUUCGUUGUUGAAAGCCAUCUUUAACGUGGAUCCAGAUGAAGUUCGGGCUCUCAUAUUCAAAAAGGAAGACGUCAACGUCCAGGAUAGUGAGAAGAGGACUCCCCUCCACGCUGCAGCCUACUUGGGUGACGCUGAGAUCAUCGAGCUUCUCAUUCUGUCAGGAGCGAGAGUAAAUGCCAAAGAUAAUAAGUGGCUGACCCCUCUUCACCGUGCUGUUGCUUCCUGCAGUGAGGAGGCAGUCCAGGUGCUGUUGAAACACUCUGCUGAUGUGAAUGCUCGGGAUAAGAACUGGCAGACUCCACUGCACGUGGCGGCGUCUAACAAAGCGGUGCGCUGUGCCGAGGCUCUUGUCCCCCUGCUGAGCAACGUGAACGUGUCGGACCGCGCGGGACGCACCGCCCUGCACCACGCUGCCUUCAGCGGACACCUCGAGAUGGUGAAGCUUCUGCUGUCCAGAGGAGCCAACAUCAAUGCGUUCGAUAAGAAAGACAGGAGAGCUGUACACUGGGCUGCGUAUAUGGGUCAUAUGGAGGUGGUGCGCUUGUUGGUGUCUCAUGGUGCCGAGGUGGUGUGUAAGGAUAAGAAGGGCUACACGCCGCUCCACGCUGCAGCUUCUAGUGGGAUGAUCGGUGUGGUGAAAUACCUGCUGGAUCUGGGCGUUGAGAUCAACGAACCAAACGCGUACGGAAACACUCCGCUGCAUGUGGCGUGCUACAACGGUCAGGACGUGGUAGUGAACGAGUUAAUUGAAUCCGGUGCUAACGUCAACCAGGUGAACGAGAAGGGCUUUGCACCGCUGCACUUUACUGCUGCCUCUCGCCAGGGGGCGCUGUGCCUGGAACUGCUAGUGGGUAACGGAGCUGACGUCAACAUCAAGAGUAAAGAUGGGAAAACACCCCUCCACAUGGCCGCCAUUCACGGCAGGUUCUCCAGAUCUCAGGCUGUCAUUCAGAAUGGAGCCGAGAUUGACUCUGAAGAUAAGCAUGGAAACUCACCUCUGCACAUAGCAGCUCGAUAUGGCCACGAGCUCCUCAUCAACACCCUCAUCAGCAACGGCGCUGACGUAGCCAAGCGGGGCAUACACGGCAUGUUUCCUCUUCACCUUGCUGCACUAAGUGGCUUCUCUGACUGCUGCCGGAAACUUCUCUCCUCUGGUUUGGAUGUUGACGCGCCUGACGACUUCGGCAGAACGUGUUUACACGCGGCCGCGGCAGGAGGAAACCUCGACUGUUUAAAUCUGCUGCUCAACACUGGAGCUGACUUCAACAAGAAGGACAGGUUCGGAAGGACGCCACUGCACUACGCCGCCGCUAACUGUAAUUAUCAGUGCCUGUUUGCACUUGUGGGCUCAGGGGCCAGUGUGAACGACACGGACAUGAAAGGCUGUAGCCCUCUGCACUACACUGCUGCCUCAGACACUGACGCCAAGUGCUUGGAGUAUUUAUUGCAUAACGAUGCCAAUCCAGGGAUCAGAGACAAACAGGGCUAUAACGCAGUGCACUACGCCUCAACCUACGGUCACCGCCUCUGCCUCGAAUUGAUUGCAAGUGAAACACCGCUGGACGUGCUUAUGGAGACAUCCGGGACCGAUAUCCUGAAUGACACCGAUGGCCAGGCUCCCAUCAGCCCUUUGCAUUUAGCAGCGUACCACGGCCACCACCAUGCUCUGGAGGUGCUGGUUCAGUCCCUGUUGGACCUGGAUGUGCGGACGGUGCAGGGACACACACCGCUGGACCUGGCUGCCUUCAAAGGCCAUGUGGAGUGUGUGGAUGUGCUCAUCAACCAGGGAGCCUCCAUCCUGCUUAAGGACUACACACACAAAAGAACACCCAUUCAUGCUGCAGCCAUGAACGGUCACUCAGAAUGUCUCCGCCUCCUCAUCAGCAACGCCGGCCCACCCUCGGCCGUCGACGUCCACGACGGGAAUGGACAAACUCCUCUGAUGCUGGCGGUGCUGAACGGACACACGGACUGUGUCUACUUCCUGAUCAGCAAAGGAGCCAAUGUGGGAGCCAGAGACAAGUGGGGCAGGACGGCUCUUCACCGCGGGGCGGUGACUGGGCACGAGGCGUGUGUGGAGGCGCUGUUGCAGCAUGGGGCCAGUGUUUGUCUGCGGGACAGUAAAGGGCGCACAGCCAUGCACCUGGCAGCAGCGUGCGGUCACAUCGGGGUGUUGGGGUCUCUGCUGCAGGCCGCACACUCCCAAAACACGGUGCCGGUCAUCAUGGACAGCUGUGGAUACACCCCACUCCACUGGGCCUGCUACAACGGUCACGAUACGUGUGUGGAGGCUCUGUUAGAGCAGGAGGCGUUCCACAGGAUGGAGGGCAACUCCUUCAGUCCACUCCACUGUGCCGUAAUCAGUGAUAAUGAAGGUUCGGCUGAGCUGCUGAUUGACACACUGGGUCCUGCCAUUGUUAAUGCUACGGACUCCAAAUCCAGGACGCCUCUACAUGCUGCAGCCUACACGGACCACGUGGAAUGUCUCCAGCUGCUGCUCGGUCACAACGCCCAGGUGAACGCCAUCGACGCUCUGGGCAAAACACCCCUCAUGAUGGCAGCUGAGAACGGCCAGACUAACGCCGUGGAGGUGCUCGUGAGUAAAGCGAAGGCGGACCUCACGCUCCAGGACGCGAACAAGAACACGGCCCUGCAUUUAGCCUGCAGCAAGGGGCAUGAAACCAGUGCCUUGUUAAUUCUGGAGAAGGUCACGGACAGGAACCUUAUCAACGCCACAAACACGGCUCUACAGACGCCACUGCACGUCGCUGCCCGUAACGGACUUGCGGUUGUAGUGCAGGAGCUGCUGGGAAAAGGAGCAAGUGUCCUGGCUGUGGAUGAAAACGGUUACACACCAGCUUUAGCGUGUGCACCGAACAAAGAUGUGGCCGACUGCCUGGCGCUGAUCUUGGCCACCAUGAUGCCCGUGUCCCCAGUCAGUACCGGCACCGUGCCAGGGCUCAACUUCAGCGCCAUAAACCACUACUGUAGCCCUUCCAAAGCUGUGACCUUUGACCCUUUACCCGGCCUGCGCUCCGGGCAUCCUUCUUACUGCAGCUUCAACAGCCUGGGACGUGAAGACGGCUUCGUCGUUCACGAUGAAGAAUUCAACGACUCGGAUUCAGAGACUUACUGAGAACUUCGGACCGUCUCAGUGCUGAGGAUCGUUCAGUCCCCGAGUGCCUGGAGAUUGCUGAAGACGCUAACGCCAUGUCGCUGAAUCACAUUAAAGUGGAUUUAGCGCGGUGUCGUUCCUACGGAACGAGAAACGUGCCGCCCUAAGUUGAAGUACGUUUAAAUGAAAUCAUAUUCCGUGCUUCAAGUUCGUCUGCAAGGUUGUCGUAAUAAUCAGGCGCAGAAAAUUUGCUGCACAAUACAUUUCCGAUUCAGACUUGUUCACUUUCCUGAACACUACUCUAUAUAGUUGCCAUAAGAGAUUCGAAUUCAAAUGCAAAAAUCUGAACUUGCAUGUCAUUAUUUUGAAUUUGCAACUCGAAUUGAAUUUCACGAGUUUUGCAGAUCCCUAAUCUAAACUCUGCUUAGUCUGUCAGUGUGAUAAAAUGUUUAUCCCUGCUUUUUUAAUACAGCGACAAUACAACAACGUAAAUGUUCCGUGUUUUAAAUAAGAUUCAUUCGGACCGGUCGGCGUAUUAGUAUUAUCGAUGGUGUCAUUUAGCUGGUUAAAGUUCGUUCGCAAAGUUUUCCAGGCGUCUUCAACACUUUGUCUACUUUACUUAGAACGUCAAACGUUAAUUUGUGCAGUUCAGUUUCUGAUCUUCUGCAAACCAUCAAACUCAGUUUCACUUUCUGGUGGCGUGAUACAGUGUUAUUCAAACGAAUUUCAAUUCAGAUUCAUGCGUUUUUAAAUUGAAAUGUUCUAACGGCAUGAACCUGCACACCACUACAUCACUGGCUCAGACGGUGGACGUCAAUCCUGUCCUCUUUUGUCUUUCCUAAGUCUCCGGAUUGUAGUAUUUUGAAAAUGUAAAUCUGAAUUUGAAAUGGAUUAUGGCAGCAAAUUUAAUUGGAAUUUUCUA